UGUAAAUAGAAUUCCCUUCGACCCGUGUAUAUCCAUCUUGUUUUCUGCAAGGAAAAAAUAAAAUCAAUUAAUUAAUAAAUACACAAAAUAAGUAAGCACCGAUGAAUAACACGAGACUCAAUCCGUCCGACCCACCACCGGCCUACGAAGAAACAGAGUCUCACCACCGGGAGCAAUCCAUCCCAACAGAGCCACUACGACCUCAUGCCCACCCUGAACCUCCGCCGCAAUCAACUCCAUCGACUAGUAUCACCGCGCAACCUCCUCUGCCCGACCUCUCUGAUAUAACUCUAGAUGGCACCUUGAUUUACCCAACCACACCCCCCGCCACUUCCCUCUAUGCAGUCUCACAGCACCUCGACCUGGGUCACAGCACAAUAGAUGUGUCCCGGCUGGUGCCCCGCCGCACCAGCAGCGGAGCCCUUAGCGCCAAUCCAAACCCGCGCGACAAGGUCAUCUACAAAUUCAAUCGACCGGUAAUAAAUGGCCCAGUGGAAAUUGCCGGCCAACGCCGCAGCACCUUGCCCGGGAUCGUGCUAUUGAAAUCCACCCGCCAGCUGCUGAAGACGGGAUGGGUGCUAUGGCAUGUAUAUAGGAACAAGGAGUCGAUGGUAUUCCGCGUGAAACCGACGCGGAAUCCGGAGCGACAGGAAGUGCUGGAAUGGCAGGAUGGGUGUGGGGCUACCGUUGCGAUUGAGACGUUGGCUACUGAUCCUGACGACCCUCAGGUUGAUGAUCGUGGAGUAAGACGGCCACGCUUGCAGAUUGUCUCUGCUACGCUGGAUGAUAUGAUGAUGGAUGUUCUGGUGACGGCUUGGUGCGCGCGGAUAUGGAUUACAUAUAAGCUUAAACAGGAGGAGGAGAAGGCCAAGAAUAUUCCAACUCGUGAAUUGGUUAAACAGCGACUGAAUUAUGCUUCUUCCGAGCAAGCAACCGUGGCGAUGUUUGGGCCAAAGCCGAGAUAAUCUUGCUCGUUGAUGACCGUGACGUGUAUUUUGACUUCGUUCUAUCGAAGGCUACGUAUCUACUUUCCUGAUGAGAUGGAAGUUGGUAUUUCCAUACGAUACUGUGGCGAUGGGAUUGAACUACUGCUGCUACCAUGAUUGCGACGGGAGGUACGAGUACGAUUCGUAUCAAUUCCCUAGAAUUUCAGGGGUAUUAGAUCAAUGCUCAAAUUCUAAUGUAAAUAUUUAUGCGACACAAAAAGCAACUCCGAUAUAACCGAUAUAAAACCCAAAACCCAAAGGCAACAGGACAUCAAUAUACAAGGGGGUAGAUCAUUGAAUAAAAACGAUAAACUUCUCAUAACCUAACUUCCCAAUCCCAUCUCCCUCAGCACACUCCCAACUAACUUCCUCUGCUCCGCAGCUCCCAACCCCUUCUCAUCCGUCUCCCUCAAGCAUCUCCCCACCGCAACCGUAAUCUUAACCGCCUUCGCCGAAUCAGCAUCCCCACCAGCCCCCUUCCUCGCAGCUGAACAAUCUACCCAAACCUUCCCAUUCCUCCCAACAGCAACCUCAAAUCCACCCUGACUCUCCAACUUCGACCCAAGUUCCUCUAAAACCACAACACCACUGCCCCCCUCACUUCCGCCCCUCAUCAUUAAUCUCUCAGCCAAUCCCGUAGAUAUAUCAAACAACAUCCCACCCACUAACGGCCCCAGGCCGCCAGGUUCCGCCUUCCUCGUCGCCGGGUUCACACACGUAAGCUCCACCUCCCCGCCCGUGUUGCCGACACCAGUCGAUAAAACACGCGCAUAGACGAGGUCGCCGUGCUUAAGGAGCGGGCGUGUUUUGCGCGUCGCGCCUUCGAAAGCUAGUUGGCCCAGGAGUGCAUGUGGAGUGUGCGGGGUUAUGGUGCAGUGGAAGUAAUCGACGCUGGAGUGGUGGAUUUGGGCGAUGAGGAGGUCGUUGGGGGAGGGGAUGUAGCGGCGUUGGGGGAAGGUGUGGAGGGUUAACGCGUUGCGUUUGGGAUCGGUGGUUAGGAGGCCUGCUUGGGUUGCUGUUAUUAAGGUUGUGUUGGUUUUGUUGGCGGGAGUUUCGAGGACGCGGAGGCCUGAGGAGAGCUUCGUUGUUGUGGCGGGCUGGUUCGGCUGCUGCAGUGGGUAGGAGAUUGAGUCGCCUGGAAGGACGAGCAGGGGGGACGAGGAUGUCAUAUUGUAUUGAUUUAAAGACGGGUUUGACAAUACUGCGGGCUGAAUCAGGGCUGCGGGCGAGCCGCUGGCGGGCAAUUCGGGGAGCUGUGGGUAAUGAAGAGGAUGGCUGGUCACCAAUCAAAGCAUUGACCCAGCGUCAAUUGGAAGUAAAAUGAUGAAGGGAUUUUUUUUUUCGGCAUGCGCCCCUUCGUUCUACGGUGAAGGGGAUCGAAUAGACUGCAAGCAACGCCAGAACCUGGUGAAUAUAAAUUGAGGAACGUCCCGGUUGAAGAUAGUUAGAGCUCGGUCUGGGAUGCGGAAGUUUUGUUAUCGAUAAGGGCUUCAAAUAUCACAUGAUGUGACUGCCCCUUGAUGUCUUGGCACUAUCAGAAACUCCGCUUGAGACACUUCUUGUAACAGAUCAUCAGGGGAGUGACACAGUUUACAUUGCUACCAAUUUUGAUAAUCAGUGCAAAUCUGUCAAUUGUCAUGCAUCUAUUGUCAGAGAUAAUUGGAGAACUACUUCCGCGGGGCGGAGGAUAUUCAUAGAAUUUGGAAUUUGUGCUCCAGUGCGCAGGUGAGACGGUCAGUUGAGAAGGGUAUGUUUUAUGUGCAUAUCAUGUAUCAAUGCCAACUACUUCCUAGAUCUGAUAGCAAAAUCCAGACUCGAGUCCCUGGUGACUUACCACAUCACAGAGAACUCAAUUAAACACAGCACAUCCACAAAUAGGCCACGGAACAACCAUCGGUCGCACUAAUCCCCAGACCAAGCACAGCGAGAGCGGGGUCCUUGUAUCCUUUUUAUAUCUAGGCAUCCUGCAAACGACAAAAGUCAAGAAAAAACGAAACACAAGUAUAAUGAAAGGAACACUGAUAGAUACGAAGUAUAAUGAAAAAAGGUUAGGGGGUAGGAAUGCCACAAUAUACGAAAAAUGUCGAGAUAUACAGGGCAGUGUUGGCGAUACAACUGUUCCCCCCUCCAGAGUCCUGGCGUGUCAGAGGCUGGACACUGGGAACUGGGAACUGAAGUAAGGGGUAGUUUCUAACUCUCAGCACGUAAAUCACAGGGUUGAAUCUGAAGAUGUGUCCGUUCAGGCAAUGAAUGUUCUCUUUCUGAAAGGCAUGCGUUCCCUCGUACGACCAAAUCGGAAUCGGUCUAGGAAACCUCCUCUGCCAUUGCCUCUGCCAUUGCCUCUGCCAUUGUUACCACCAUUCUGGCGGCCUUGGUUGUUUUGGCCAUUGUUUUGGUCGUUGUUCUGGCCGCUGUUAUUGUUGUUGUUGUUGUUGUU